AUGUGCUCCCUAGGCUGGGACCAGGUGAGAGGAUGCUGCUGGUGCUACCAGGGGGGCAUCGUAGGAGAACAUGGCCUGAUCGAGGUGUCUGACUCUGCUGUAGGGGUGUCCAUGGAUGCACCACCGGUCAUCACACUUGGUCUGACAGACGAGGGCGGUAUAGAUGAAGGUGCAGCAACGUUCUUCUGCAAGGCGACAGGCGACCCCGCCCCAACGUUCGAAUGGUACAGGAACAAGAAGAAGGUGCGCGGUCUGCGUUACCAGAUCGUCGAAACUGAAGGAGGGUCAGUGCUGAGGAUAACGCCCCUUCGGCUUGACCGAGACAAUGACCAGUCGGUGGUAUGUGAGGCAAGCAACGACGAUGGGACAGCCACGACACAGGCCAGGCUUACUGUCACUCAAGUUCUUUACAUUUCACUACCCAUUUUCAUCGUGAUCCCAACCUGA